AUGCCUGCAGACAUCACCCCGAAGCUUCCUCGUUUCUAUCCCAAUGGCGCCCCUCCCCCUGGUGACCUGGAGGCUGAUGCCGUCCAGCCUUGCCUGGACCUCACCGACGUCAAUAUCCCACACACCUCUGGCGGAACUUCAAUCCCUAUCGACCGCCUUCCUCUGACCCAGGAGCACUUCUCCCAGAAGGACAAGACCAUGAACAAGGCCAUCUGGGCCCUGUUCCCAAUCGACAAGACUCCCCAAGAGCUCACUGCUAUCCAUGCCCAGGCCAAGGACCAGAUUGUCGACACCAUGAAGGGACACUCUCCUAGUGGUGACUACAACCGCGACAUGCUCAUCAAGACCAUCCCCAUCCACGAGCGUGGUCGCAUUGCCGCCAACCUGGGCACUGUCGAGCGCGUCACUCGUACCUUGGCUUGGCAUGGAAUUGACGACGCCUUCCUCGUCGCCGACAUGUGGCGUGGCCUGAACAAGCACAUGAAGGAGACCGGCAUGGUCGAAGAUCUUGAGCCCAUGAUUCAGCGCAUUAUCGGGGAUAAAGACAAAGCCAACACGCAGCCUCUGCCGCUUGUGGUUACGUCUACAACCUUGGCGUUUGGUACUGGCAUCGCCCAGCUCGAAUCAUCCCUCUGGUCGAACCUGGCCAUUUCACUCAUCCGCUUGGGCGACGCCACCUUCUCCCCAAGCACGGCCAAGCUGUUUUAUGCCCUUGCAAAUGACUGUGCCGAAGCAGGUAUCAACAUGCGUUUCAUCUCGAACCACCUGCUUGGCAAAUGCUAUGAGCGCUCCGCCGUUUCUCGCCGCAAGCUGCUCGGUCUGCCCAGCGCGAUUGAGACCCUGCGUUCUGGCAAGACUGGUCCUGACCGCGGUCUUUAUGGAACUGUGGAGACUAAGCUGUCCAUGGUCGCCGGUUAUAUCAGCACCAACGGCACCAACAAAACGUGGGCCCAUGAAAAGUGCUUCAACCGCCACGAGUGCAUCGACAUGGGCAAGGUCCACCAGGCCAUGGCCGCCCCCAACAUCUCCGAGGUUGUUAUGCCCAAUGGCAAGACUGCGAAGCUUGCGUUCGGAGAUCACAAGGAUAUGACUUCCGAGGACUUUGCGCAGUACCCGCCUGAGGUCAUCGAGUAUAUGAAGGCGAUGGGCGCGAAGCUCCCUGAAGGUGUGUGA